UUUCGCGCUCCGUCCUCUCUCGGCGAGCGGCGUGCAAGCAAGCGGCUGUUGGUGGUUCUCGCUAGGCCAGCGAACGUCGUCGCCGACGCCGCUAGCGCCCCCCGGCGAUCGCCACGAGGGGUGCACGCAUCUCCUCCGGCAGCAGCAGGCCCUUCUGUUUGGAAGUCGUGCGCCUCCACAGGUGGCCCGGCGCGAGUGAGCAGCAGCGCAGCGCGCGCACACGCACGCCGUUUGCCGCUACCGCGGCUGUUUGGCCGAUGGAUUCGUCAGCGGCGCUGGCCGCACGGGAGAAGGAGGCUGGCGCGGCGCCUGCCGGACCACGACGACUACAACGACGGCGGCGACGACUACUAAGCGCUUAGCGCCGCGGGAGGCCACGCACCGUCCGCUAGCGUAGCUCGGCCCCCGCGCGGCGUCGUCCGCUGGGUGGUCCGUGACGGACGGCGUUGGUUGCGCCUGCUGCGUUUGGAAAGGACUUCAGCGUCCAACUUGGCUCGCUCGCCCUUCUCUCGCCAUCGCCUCGCCCUCGCACCCCGACUCGCCGCCCCACAGCGAGAGACGACGGCGAUCGACACGUCUUGCGUAUCGCCUUCGCGCCUUCCUCCGGCUCCCCCCGUGAAUUGUGCUUUUCUUUUUUCUCGCUGACGCCCGUGCUGCUGGAACUCCCCCGCCUGCUCCUAUAGCUCACAUCCGCAUCCCUCCUCCGAAACUUUCUUUGCAAUGACGGAGGAGUACGUAUAAGCUUCAGCGCCCGAAUAGGUCGCAGCCGGCGUUCGACUCGGUGGCUCGCCCAGGAGCGGAUGCUCAACAAGACCGAUACGCGAAGCGAGCCGUUCUCCCUCUUGUCUUUGCUUUUUUCUCUUUCCUUCCCAUCGCCGACAUCGAGCGCGACGCGCAGCCUCGUCGUCUUUUUCCCACGACGGAGCUCCGACUGUCUCCUAAACGUCACGCGGGAGCAUAGUGUCGUUCGUGCCUGCAUCACUCCCACCGCCGCCCACGACAUACCGCCUCCCGCUCCUUCUUCUCGUGUGCCUGCGUGCUACACGUGUCGUUUUAUGCCGAGCGGGGCAUUAUUCUUUCGUCUCCGCUUUUGUUUCCCGUGCAAUAUAGCUACCGCGAGAAGAUGGCACUGUCCCGCGUGAGUUGUGACCGGCGGCAAAUUUAGCGUCGACCACAAAAAACGCCAGCCCGCCCGCCAGUCGGUUGUCGACGUCUUCUUCCUCUGGUCGUCGUCUCGCGCGACGCCUGGCUCGCGCGCGCUCUAAACAGGAAGCGGUGGUCGCGCGGCGCCCCCGCCGACCGUAAAAGCGACGCAAGUGGACGACGGCGACGAGCCUCUGCAGCGCCAGUGCAUUGCGAAAGGACUUGUCGCCGGCUGACGUCACCGAUCCGUCGUCGAGCUUUCCGGAGGACCCCUUCGUCGCGGCGCGAACUUGAAGAACGGGAGCCAUGGGCGGAGCCGCACACUUGAGGUGGUUGCUCCUUCUCUGCCUCUGCUGGAAAUCGCUGACGCUGUCCCCCGAAGUUGGGCAAGCGCCGCACUCGACGCAAUCGAAGGUGCCGGACCUGCGCCGGCGCAACAGCAGCGGAGCGGACGGCAUCCCGUCGUCGACCGCCUCAGCGGCGGCUGCCGCACAGGCAACAGCCGGUGUGCCCUUGAGCCGAAGCUGGACGAGCUGGGGCCCCUGGUCGCCCUGUUCGAGAUCUUGCGGUGGCGGUCUCUCCUACCAGACACGGCGCUGCCUAGGAAGGCCUCCGCGACACUGGCGUGUGCGCAACAGCAAGAAGGCUGGCCGCUGCCGUGGACCUGCCAAGCGUUAUCGAAUCUGCGGCGUUGAGCCGUGUAACGCCAUCGAAACCGACCCGAGACAGGAGCAGUGCUCUGCCUUCGACAACAUGAGUUUCGAAGGCAAUAAGUACGUGUGGAAGAAGUUCAUCAGGGAACCCGCCGACUGCCAGUUGCAUUGUCAGCCGAUGGGCCAUCGCUUCUACGCCACGCUGGCCAAAGUGGUUAGAGACGGCACCCCUUGUUCCUCUGGCCUGGACGAUCGUGUGUGCAUUGGUGGCAGCUGCCUGGCAGUCGGCUGCGACGGCGUGGUGAGCUCACGGCGCAGCGCCGACCUGUGCGGCGUGUGCGGCGGUGACAACGCGACGUGCCGGACAUUCUCGGGUCUGCUGACGCUGCGCAACUUAUCCAAGGACUACGAGGUGAUCGCGGCCAUACCAAGGGGAGCGGCCAGCCUGGUGGCCACGGCAGAAGGGAACAGGCUCGCCGUGAAGGACGCUGAGAGCGGUCGCUUCAUACUGAACGGCAACGCCGGCGUGUGGGAUCCCGCCGGCGUGUACGCGGGCGCAGGUACCCGUUUCCACUACCGCGUCCAGAAUCGCACCGGCGCUCAGUCCUUGGAGGCCAGGGGACCUCUCGCCAGGCCUGUCCAACUCAUGUUGGUGUUCCGCAGCCCGAACCUGGGCGUCAAGUUCCAGUACAGCGUGAGCAGCCGCGUGGCCAACAAGGGCGCGCCCCCGUCGGCAUCAGCGGACGAGCCUUCGCUCGGCGGGCAGUUCCUGCGGUCACGCGCCGUGCUCGAGACGGGCCCGUUCCGCUGGCAGCUGGCCUUCACUUGCAGCAAGACCUGCGGCACAGGGCUGCGGCACAUGGUGGCCAGCUGCGUACUUUCGGCCACCGGAGCGCCGGUGCCAGAGGAGCACUGCUCAAAUCUUCCACGACCCAGGACCCCGCCGACCCAGCCGCAACCAGUGCCGUGCAAUACGCAGCCCUGCCCCACCGACCGUAGCGGCCGUAGUGGCGCUGGAGGCGACACGGACGGCAGUCCUCGCUGGCAGGUGACCUCCGACUGGUCCGCCUGCUCGGCCACGUGCGGCGACGGCCUGCAACGGCGCACCGUUGUCUGCGUGGGGCUGAGAGGAGGCGCACUGCGGGACUCGGCGUGCAAGCAGGGCGACGAGAAGCCGCCCUCAGUGAGGCCCUGCAACUUGAAGCCCUGCGCUGUCUGGCGAGCCGGCCCGUGGGGCAAGUGCAGCAGCGAGUGCGGGAAAGGCAUGCGCAAGCGCGAGGUAAGCUGUGGGCCAGGCCUGAAGGCGUCUGCCUGCAAAGCCUCCGAGAAACCCGCCACCGAGCAGGUGUGCGAGAUGCCACCUUGCUCGAGCACCUGGUUCUUCUCAGCCUGGUCCGAGUGUUCCGUCAAGUGUGUUCCGGGCGUUCAGAGGCGACGAGUUUUCUGCGUCCCCGGACAGAAUGAAUGUGACAUGCUGGAUAAGCCUUCGUCCCAGCAACCAUGCCUUGAGCUUUGCACAGGAACCUGGUUUGUGGGACCCUGGUCAAAGUGCCUUCCCGGUUGCGGCAACGGGACGCGCGAACGCCAGGUUCUGUGCGUCGGCCAGCAGGGAGGCCGAUGGACGACGGUGGUGCCCGAUGGCCACUGCGGCUACGCAGAGCGGCCGCUCGCCUCGGAACCCUGCGAAACGCCCUGUGCGCCAGAGUGGCACACGUCGGCAUGGAGCACUUGCUCGACUUCGUGCGGUGGCCGGGGAAGCCAGACGCGCCAGUCACUGUGCUUAGACGUUGGCGGGGAAGUGGCGGGCAUCGAGGCCUGCUCGGAGUCUUCGCGACCUUCGGCCAGGCGUCCGUGCGGCCUGUCCGCGUGCCCCGCGGAGACGGCCGAAGAACGCGGCUGUCGGGACACCCGGAAUCGCUGCGCGCUGGUGGUGCAGGCGCGCCUCUGCAGCUACCCGUACUUCCGCCAGGGAUGCUGCGCCUCGUGCCGCCGCGCCGCCUCCAGCCACCCGUCGCCGGACGAGGACAGGGCCUGAGUCAGUGCUCCGCGUAUGACGACGAGGAACGCCAUCAGGAAAUCGCGGCUGUCGCAUGCGUGCCUCUUGAAGAGUCCAGAGGACAACACUUCCUGGAGAAAGGAAUAUGGGUGCUUCGCCAACAGGCACCCUAACGACGUGGCACCCCGGCACGCGAUUUUUUUCAUCCGGUUCAGGCCGUGACCAAUCUGUACUUCGAGCCAUACGGUUCUGAUCGCCAAAAGCGGCCCUGGUCGGAAGUCGUCAUCACUUGCUGUCCUCUAAGGAACCAACCUUGCGGGCAGUAAGGUCAUCAGACUAUAGAGGAAGCCUCUUGACGCCUAGGAAUUACCCGACGACAAGAGCCAUGGCCCCAGUCGCCGAACAUGGAUGAACUUAUUUCAUUCGGGCCGUUACUGACUCCAAAACUGCCCUGGACGUCGAAGCACUGUCGCACCCUAAGCUUGCACCUGCACUGAACAAACGGUGUUGAUUCGCCUGUGCGCUUACUGGCAAGCGCCUAUAGACUAUAAGACACGUGUAUCAGUGGCUUUGCCGCACGCGCUGUUCAUUGCCUUGCCGUUUCACAGCGCAAGCUAACGCGUUUUAUUUAUGCAUCCGGAUGACGUAAACAUAUAGGAAACUGUCCUUACUUUGACCUUAGCGAGCAAGCGUUGCUUUCGCUCACGCGGGCGUGGUGUGCCGGCUAUCGACUGCGAUAAAAUGUCGAUUGCGCUAUGUGGCGGAACGCGAACUGGAAGCGGAGAUAUUUGCAAGAGCGAGCAACUAUCUUUGUACAUAGUUAGAUACCAGCGAAGAACAAGGGCACCCUGUAAGUACAGCGGUCGUUUCUCGUAGUUAAAGGUGCACAUAUGUGUCGUGUAUAACAGGCACGUGUGCUACCUCUCUAGUACCAAGGAGAUUCGUAUUCCACUUGCCCAUGUUGCGUCUUGGCUUUGCGCGAACAUUGCUUGGGAAAGAAAUAUGGCUGUUCUUUUUCCCUGCAAACUCAACACGGCACAUCACUGCCCAGAUCGGACUAAUUUUCCGAAGUUGCUAUGUGAGCGUAGCGGUGUAUAAUAUUGGAUUGCAUGCAAACAGACGACGUGCGCCGAGGCUUCGAAUACGCGCUUGUAAUCGUCUAUUGGCGGCCUCUUAUUAGGGAGUGAAAUACUGUGGCACACGGAUCGUUGCAAUUGCUGGUGCCGAGUUCAACGCGCAGAUUCUUUUUUUUUUACAGUGUUGAAGAGGGUCAAAUAACAGCUUAAGCACUCCUGAAGUUUUCGCCCUUUUCGACUUGUGAAACAAGUUAUCCAUUCUGACGUUACAUCCCAUUGGAUACUCUAGGAAGGCGGAGCUUGUGUCAUACGGCGCGUUAGUUUUUUAGAAUACGUCGUGAUGUCAGAUUUAGUAUUAAGCCUCCAACUACGUGCUGCAGCUCGGCGUAGGAAGGUUUCGCGCUCGUUCCAUAUUCAAACCAUGCGGCGAAACUGAAAGCAGCCGCGGCGUUGUUGAGCACGCCGUGCAUGUGAUUCAGGAAAACUGGCUCGCACUGUUUCGGAAGCGAGUACGUACAGUCGUUCACAUUCGCGCGUCAACAUUUACGGAGCUCAUUUGUCACGCGGCUUUCUUUGCACACGACGGCUCAGCGUCCGUCUACAAGAAGAACAAAAAAAAAUGUCCCGCAAAUAUCUAACAAAACAUAUUGCUAGUUUCGGCGUGGAAUGCAGGACAAAUGUAAUGCUUGGAACGGGAAGCCUUUGUGCUUGGACUUCAAUUACCAGAAUCGUCCUCUUGAUCCUCUAAAUCUCUUGACGAACCUGUCCGAAACGUUGGUUUGUCCUUUAUGUCUCGCUGAAUGGGCGCGGGAAUGCGAGUGUUUCAAGUAUGUGCCGCGUUGUCCUUGCCGUAAGUGCGAACUCACUGUGAUUUUUUACUUCCUGCGGAGGAGAAAAUUUGGAGCAGGCCAUGGGAGGAGGGGAGAGGGGGGGUGCGGGGGUUCGAUAGUAGUAAGGCAGCGUUUGUGAGCGCAGACUUAAGCAGCAAAGCAUGACUUAAACACGUCGGCGGAAGUUGCAAGUCACCUCAUUCAGCCUUUACUAUUACACACAGUGGGGGCCUGAUCUAAGGAUAACUAUGCGGUUUGCCCACUGGUGAAAUUGUUUAAGGAAUGUUCCGUUGUGACUAUGCCAUAAGCCGACCAACAGAAGCGCGCCUAAUUCAUUAUUUUUCAUGAAAGUGAGCUUAACCUUUGCAGCCGCUUUAUCUACGAAAGGUAUAAUAGAUAUCGCAGCGCAUCGAUAUCCGUGCAGCAUGCAAGUUAUAACGAGAUUAUUUUGCAUUUUGUAGACACAAAAGUUGCGCGAGUAUAGUUUCACGUCACUUGCAGAGCUCGCACCUGCUGAGUUAUGAAUGUAAAUGUAAUAAUAAUAAUAAUAAUAAUAAUAAUAAUAAUAAUAAUAAUAAUAAUAAUAAUAAUAAUAAUAAUAAUGAUGAUGAUGAUGAUGAUGAUGAUGAUGAUGAUGAUGAUGAUGAUGAUGAUGAUGAUGAUGAUGAUGAUGAUGAUGAUGAUGAUGGCGAGGAUGAUGAUGAUAAUAUGUAAUAAUAAUAUAGUACUCAGUAACAUCUAUGAAGCCUUUGUACUGGUGUACUUGAAAACUAGGGAAAGACAUCACGCAGAGAAAGAUAUGAGGGGAAUAAAAGCGGACACUUCCAUGAAAGCGAGAUCAUACGGCAUAGUUAUCUACACUUGUACAGAACACAGCAAAUGAACUCGCAUACAUGUAAAUAUAGGUAAAAUACGUGCUGCAUCUUGCUGAUGCCGACCGAGCCAUAGGAUAUUGUAUAUCGCAACAUGGCAGCGGAGAACGCUCUAAAGAUGUGCGGCAAGUAGCAGGGCUUUAACAGCUAUGUCAAAAGAGCAGACGCUUCACAUUUUCCCGAGGUCGUUGUAGAUAGCGCGCAGAAUAGCCUCAGUAUAAGACAGCGUUUCCUCUAACUUAAUGUGGCACAAACAACUGGGUAUAUGUGUCACUGAUUACCGAGCCCACAUUGAAUGGUAAUACCGACGGAGCGCGUGCGAUAAAGUGUCUGCCCACGCUUCACUGUGAGCGCGUCCAGUUAUAUUACCGCUGAUACUAUAUGCCACCGCAAACGAGCUACAACACCGCAGCGUCAUCACUCGCCGCGGAAACGCAGUGUUCGAAGCUCACGUCCACUGCCACAUUAUCAGCAGUCUACCGCCACUCAUUAAACGAACACUGCCAACAAAUUAUAGCUGGAGCACUGCGCAUAACUUUACCAUCGCACCAUUUUUCUUUCUUUCCUCGUCUAAUAUACGUUAGUGCUGUUGAUGCGUUAGCUACGAAUGUCCCCGCUGGCACCUAGUUAUGUCUGCAGAACUGCCACAACAACCAUAAAAUGAUAAACGCGCAAAUUUCUUGCAUGUGCCUUUUCGCACUCGUUGAUCAGUGGUCCUAUAUAGUGCGGCGCUCUGUUCAUGUGAUCACCGGAAUUGGCUGGCCGUGAACGGUGAAUGACGAGAAAGCAAUAGAACUGAGCGAAAUGAACCCUUACGUUAUAUCUACCCAUGUUCCUUGAUUUCUUUAUGGUUCGUAACUCGCAUUUGCAAGCAUUUUGAUGGUACAUGCAGUUAAAUUCGGCCUAGUGCAGCAUCGCCCUAUUAUCCCCCCCCCCCCCCCCCCCACCCAUGUUCGCGAAACCAUGCGUAUGCACUCUGUUAUUUGACUGCGCAAGAUUUUACAACAUUUUCUCACAAAAAGACGCGAGAUUCCGAGGAAUAUUCGCGGCGCAUCGCUGCCAAGCCAGUGCCAAGAUUUUUGCUCUCUCUUUCUCGGCUCACUGCCAGAAAACCUGAAGUCAGACACAAUAAAUGGCGAAGUUCAGUCUGUGUGCCAAACAUUCAAGUGCAGUGUGAUGUAAUGGCCAUUUUUUUGGUGGCCUUUUUUUUUCACUUAACUAUGUGAACUGGGAUGCGUGCCUACGUGGUCGUGAGAGUGGAGCGUUUGAGCGUUUAGAGCGUUCGUGAGACACUGCACGCGAAUGAUGCUCUACGCACAAGCGCACGUGUCUCUGCGCGUGUGUUCGUAUUAAGCAUUCUCCUUAAUUGAAGCUCCUGUCGCUCGCUGUGCAUGCCUUUCCUCUUUGAUGUACGAUUCAUAAUUCCCAGCUGCAAAAGUGCCAUCUUUCCCCCCACGUAGUAGGCACCCAUGUGCAUGACGCAAAUGUUUAUACAGAACUAGCAACUCUAGAUGGUCACUGAUUGACGAACGGGUCUCCUCGAAUAAAUGCGUUCAUAUAUAAACAAUGGAAAGCACUCUUGUGGCUAGAAAUAUUAUAUAAAUCGUUAAUUGUUAAACCUACAGGUAGUCUUAGUUUAAAUUCGACAGAGCUGCUAAGGAAGCGCUAAACAUACUUCGCAGUUUCUUUUUCUUUCUUUUUUUUUCAGACGCUUAUUUUACCGUAAAUAAAAAGGUGCCGAAUCCACAAAACGUUUCCUUGGUAACCUUUUUUUUUUCCCCAUGGGCUGGCCACCAUCGCUAAUAUGCCCAACAUCAGGAUCGACUGGAAUUUUCUCUUCCGAAAAAUCCUAGUGUAAGGGGCAUGUGUGUCGGUAUUCCGUGCCGGUGAGUGACGUCAUACUCGCCCGCAGAACGAACCAGCAAUAUUGUUCGUCGUCUGAAUCUAGCUUUAGCAUGGUAAAUGUCUCGUUGUUGAGACGCCACGUUAGCGAAAACGAAGCCCGCGAGCGGUGUCGCGGUAUUUCGGCAGCAUGCAGUCUUUGUGCCAUGAUUCCACUGUCGGCCUCUAUCAAAGGUCAUUGGUUGGUGGAGUGCAGACUUCAUUUUUGGACGAAUAUACGAUUCUUCGACGUGCGUAAAAUUCGUACACGUUGUUUUGUUUGAGUAGGCAGGCGAGUGGUUGUUUUCGAUGCCUUUCAGGUCCUUCGCAAGUGCUGAACCACUGCGUCAGCACAAUAACAAUGUAUAUUCCGAGACCCUGGGCCGUAUAACGUAAAACUAUUCCAAUGUGUUUUUAUUCCAAUUUCCUGACGUCAAAUUUGCGUAACCGCCGACGCAGGCAUCGGGCGGUCACCCGCAUGGUUGUCUGAACAAACCGAUCAAAUGCUCCCCUCGUUCACAGGAGGUCAGUUUUGUUUGCUUGAAAAACGAAUAACGUUGCUUGCACUGAGCGGAUUGUCUUAUCCAAUUGGCUCACAAGAGGCGAGGAGCACGCUCAGGUGGAGAGGGAUUCGAUGGGGCCGAGCCACUGCACUGAAUAUCGAGGACCAGAUGAAGAGAAUGGUGCCGGCAUCUGCGAUUGGUCCGCUUUGUCUUACUUAGCUUGCGGUGGCUCGUCGACAAUCGCGGCGGCAUGCAAUGGAAGCUUAAGAAUGACGCUAAAACGGAUCCUCAGCAGAGUUGGCAGAACGAGGUCGUAAAUGUGCCGAAAGCUCUCGAAAACGUUACACGGCGACGCAAAACCACGCUCUCCGGCAGGGGCGAGUAGCCAGUGCCGGAGCGAUCGGCGGCAGCCAUCUUUUAUUCGUUUCGGAACAGGGCAGCCUGCGGCUAUUCAGAAGAAAAUUCAGUUUUGUUCGGCAUAUUAAUGCAUCUUUAACGCGUACGCGUCACUUUGACGCGGUAAGUUCUUGCGGUUUUGUGACGUCGCGUGAGAGGCAGGUGAAGUGGGUGCAGCUCGAAAACUUUUGACCGAUAGCCGAGGGCUAAUGGCAAAAAGGCGUCGAAUCAGAAAUAACUAUUUUUGUUUUGUUCGCUCAAAUUAUGCAUAAUCAGUGCGUACACGUCAUAUCAGAUGGGGAGCUAUCGCGGUUUUCGUGACGGCGCUUGACAGACAGGUGAAGUGGGGGUGGUCCAAAGAUGUUUUUGACCAAUCGCGGCGGGCUUAUUGCAGAAUUGGAAUAGAAUGUUUGGAAUCGCUUUACGUUAUAGCGCCCCCUUUCACACUUACGUGGACGAACUACAAACGACAUUGCUCUAUGGAGCACACAGGUUUCUAUCAUGCAGAAGCGGAAUUUCGCCACCUCUCGCUAAAGAGCUGAGUGUGCUUUAUUCAAGUUGCACUUCAGAAAGAGAGAGAGAAAGACAGAAAGCUCUUCACUGAAAUGCAGAGAAUUCUGCCUGAGUAUAUGCAGGCGCCUGCAAUGCUACUCUGCGUAGUGAAAGGUGUCGUGGGCAGAAAGUCCCGGGAGUAGGUGGACAGGAAAAUGAAAAUAGUAGGCGAGAUAAUGUAUGACCAUGGUAUCUACAGGUGAGGCAAGGGGAUGGUGUUGAUAUGAACAGGCUAGAGCUAUACUCUUAACCAUAAAUGAUGCGAGAAAAGACGAUGAUUUGCCGCGUGCGAGUCUGGAGACAGUUUAUUUGGCUCUACACUAUAUCUUUUACAGACCUGAGAAGCUCUAGCAGGCACAAAAGGGUUUUCUUUUCUUUAACAACUUCCAUAUAGGCGAUGUAUAAGCGCAAAAACAAAAUCUAAUAGGCGCAUGCUCCUUUCGUAGACUAGCGGAGGGCCGCAUUGCCCUGUGGCAUACUGCUUGUUGAACGCUGCUUUCUGACAAUUGUGUUUGUCCUUGUCGCGGUGUAUAUUUAUUAGACGCUGCAUUAAGCUAAUGCAACGGCCAGUGCAGCGGCAUGUGUUUGCAGCCCUCCGAUUUUGCAUUUAGACUCAAAGAAAUAAUGCAGAAUACUGCAUGAUUACGUAUUUGGAGAUGCACGCUGGUACCUCUGGUUACUCAAAGUAAGAAGCAUGCGUUAUGAACGCGCCUUGCGAGCUCUGUUGCAAGUCCUUCACCUCGCGAACUUCGCUCUACGUAGGAUUCCAGGAUGAUGAACGCCUGUGAAAUGCCUUUUUUGCUUUGUAGAAUAAAGUUAGCGUCCCAGA